AUGCGCCUUCACCUGAUAAUCUCGCGGCAUGGGCUGCCGGUCACACGCAUUCUCUGGACGACGACGUCCUCGUCUCCUGCGCUGGGAGAAUAUGGCUCCCACGGCCCGGCCUCAGCCUCUAUGGUUGCGUCGUCGCGGACACCGAAUAUUGCCUUUGCGAAUGGCGGUUUUACGAUUGCGCAGUUGCUAGAGGAUGUGAAUGAGGUUGUGCCACUGGAGACGGAGCCUACCAUAUUCGACCCGGAGUUCAGUGGUCAGUGGGGGUUGGAGGAUUAUGUGGUUGAGGUUGGCGGGUCCGAAUGUCUGCAUUUCAUGGAGGUGGAUGGCCUGUUGAGGGAUGGGGAUGAAGUUGUUAUUCGGGCGCUCCAGCUAGCUGAUCUUCGCGCUCGACGGUUAUGCGGUCGUCACCAGAUUACCGGCGAUGGCAAGCAUUUGAUCGACGGUGUGCCGUUCGGAAUGCCUUUCUACAAACGAACCACUUCCAACCGGCCUGCGAUCACUAUCCCGCCUAGAAAGAAACGACGCACUGUUUUCUCUGGUUGGGACCAUGGUCCUGCGUUUGAGUAUGAAGAUGGGAAUCUCGGUGCGAAUGUUGAUGAAGCCGGUGAUGGAGAAUGGUUACCUCCGAAUAACGCCGGUUUUGGAAAGGAACUUUCAAUUCUGCCCGCGGACCACGAGGUAUCUGACAUGGGGACUGUGAUCAGACACCCAGUCAAUUACUCUGGUGACACGGAAAAUGAGGCGGAUGGAUUGGAGGAGGAGUCAGAUGAGUCCGAGGAGGAUGCAGUUGAUUCUGAGGCUGAAGCGGAUGAACUCGAAAAUGAGCUGAAAGCUCUCAAGGAGGAGUUUGAACACCCAGUUGAAUCUCAGUUCAUUGAUAUUCGCUCUCAGGGUCAUGUCUCUGCGGGACAUGCUCUGCGGGCCAGUUCUGUGGCGAAGCGACCAUCGUCGGCGGAUACCCAGGGUCGAAGCUCCGUGGUUGGACCAUCUUCUUUGUCCAGUAAACGGUCUCGCGGGGGAGAGGAUUCCUCACCCAGGGCAUCAAAGGCUGUGAGGUUUAAUAAGGGGGAAGGGGGUGUCCCCGGAAUCACCGACUCUGACUUCCUCCGGGGUUCAUCGGCUUCAUCAGUGACCAGCCUUUCGAGUGUGUCAUCCGAGGACAAGGAAGAUGAAGACUCGUCGGAAGAUGAAUCGUCUACUGUUUCAUCUUCUGACUCGGAUGACUCGAGCUCAAGCUCAGAAGAGGACACCUCUGAGUCCGAGGACGAGGAAGUUGAACUGCCUCCCCAGAAGAUCAUCCAACCCACCAUCGUCAACCCUCCCGGAGAGGGAUCUACCCGAACCAAGAAAAGCAACCAGCGCUUCAAGCUCCGGCGCAGACUUUCCAAAUUGAAGGAGCUGGGCGUGCUGCCAGAGGAAGCCGACUUUGCUGCCCUCCGCGCUUGGGAAGAACAGAACGGAGGCUGGCAUAUACCCGACGAAUCAAGCAUAAUGUCUUCUGCGGCUACCAAGGCGCAGAGGAAGGAGGAGGAGCAGCGCGAGUUUCAAGCCAGGCGAGAGAAGCUGCUUCAGGCUCUGGCUAACGGUGGAAUUGACGUUGACGAGACUUCCGAAAAAGAAAACAAGCCUCCUUCGCAGCGUGCUGUUGUGGAACAAGCAGUGUCCAAAGAGAGUGUUGCGACUGAAAAAGCCGAGCCAGAGCCGUCUACUCGGCGCUCUCUUGACAUCGCGAGCUCGCGGCGCCUGCUGUUCGGAUCUCUGGGAGUCCGUACGCCACGAACUAAAGAGGACGAAGAAGCUACUCGGAAAAAGCUAGCUGCCAAGGCUAGUACGGUUCCUUCUCGGAAAGCAGCCGAACCAUGGCCAGCCGAGGAGAUGGAAGAGGAAAGUGAUGAAGACAACGAUUGGCAAAAUAGGCUAGUCAUCAGAGCUACAGAGUGUAUCUAUGAUGAUAUUGAGCUGAGUGCCCCGCCAUUCCCAUUCGAGCAGCGCUGGGAUGAUGAUGCCGAUGCACUUAUCCGCCAACGAAAGGGAUGGGGCAAGAAGCGCAAGCGCAAGCAGAGAAUCCAGGUCUAUAAUGGAGACGAAUAUGGCGAGUAUGAGGAUGGUAAUGGGUAUGACGCCUACGAGGACGGCCUGCACCUCAACUACGACAACGAAUGGCCUACAGCCGAGGAUGAGACUACGAAUGUGGAGGACCAUCAGGAGACCGCCCAAGCUACUGUGGACGAUGAUCUCCCUGUCAUGCCGAGUGACCCCAGCUCUGUUGCAGAUUUGCUUGAAAUUCAAGCCAAGGUUGGAGCCAUCAUCGCUUUCCGACAGUUGGACAUGUCUAAAGCGACGAAUUGGCAACCUCAAUUGUCAAAUUAUCGCGUGGCCGAGGUCCACGAGGUUCUUGCCAAUGGCAAUCUCAAUGUUCGUCUAGCAGUACGCGACCGAAGACCCAAGGCAGACGACAUUGACCCAGAGGACGACGAGCCCCGUGAGUAUAGUGGGUUCGAAAUGCCGGGGAUGGAUGACGACGAAGACGACGACGGCUACCGGGAGGUCGCCUUUGCCGAACUCAGCGAACCUAAGCUGCUGCGACCUGCAGCCGGUGUCAACGACGAUGUGGCUGAUGAGAACGACAAGAAGGACAAGGACCAGGAAAAAGUCGGAGAAGGUAGCAUUGUCUCCGUAAGCGCGGAUUCCAUGCCGAACGUCCAGCCGCAUUCGCCGCCUCCACCUGUCGACAUGGACCUAGAUGAAACUACCUUCGUCACCCUCGUCACCGCCGCCAGUCGUCCUCAAUCACCGAAUGAGUCUCCCGCAAGAGCUUCUGGAAUGCCAUUCUCCCGAACACCUGGUGCCGCCCGGGUCUUGAUUACACGGAGCGGAGACGCGGAUGAUGAGCACAGCGACACGCCUGCCGUUCCUUCGCCGUCUUUCUCUGGAUUCCAUUCUGCGUGGUCGUCGCCUGGAGCAAGGCUAGGCCCGCGUUUCAACGAGUCUAAUUUGGAGGGUCACACGCUCGUCGGAGACCAGUCGAUGCUUGCGGUGGACCACUCACAUCAAGAUAUGUCGACUCUGUCCUUCCUAUCUGCCAAUCAAUCAUUUUCCGAUAUCCAGCAAGACAGCACCCAGCAGGAUCGUCAGGUUGUGGAUGAUCCACUGGUCUCUGGAGGCAACGACUCGCUUCUAUCCGUGGUACAUAACCCAACAGAACACGUCUCCGCAAAAUCGUCCCCUGUCCGCAGUGCUUUUUCAGCCAGUCAUGACGGUGCACGAGAAGAAGAGUCUGCAAAACCGACACCCUCACAGGGAGCCAGUAUUCUAGAACUGCUUCAAAGCGGCUGGCCAGGUGCAGAGGACACAGAUCAAGAUAAAGACGAGGCAGAAAAUGAUCUGAACGAACCCGAAGACCAUGACAGCGUGAUCCACAGCAACCAAAGCCGUCAUCUCUCACCACAGCCAUCCCCCAAACCCCCAACAAGCGCGCAACAAGAACCGCUCUCGCCGAAUCUCAACGCGGACUCUCUAUUCCAGUACGACUCUCCUGCAGCCUCGACCCGCUCUAAACGCCACGCUCCAGUUUCCGCGUCUCAGUUGAGCUUUUCACAAACAUCUGAGAUCAUCGAUCUUACUCAAAGCCCCCUCCCAAGAUCCAGCCCAGAACGUCCUACAUCGCAGAGUGACCGGCCAGGAUCCGGAUCCAAGGCUAGCGGCAGUGACGAAAUCUCCUCGGGGAAAAAGCCCCGUGCAUCAUUGGGCAAGAUUCAGGAAAUGUCCGAGGUGAUUGUCAGUCCGCAACCGAGUGAGAAGAAGUUGAAGAAAAAGAAGAAGAAGCGGUCCUCGGGAUCAGGAAUCCUUUAG